AUGGCUGAAUCCCUGGUAGGGCAUAAUAAUAAAGGACCCGGCAUAGGAGGCACAAGGUUAUUUGAUGAUACGCAGUUUGUAUCGAUUUCGCUGGCAUUGGCAGAAACUAAUGAAGCGUACAUUAGUGAGCUAUUGGAGGAGCCAGGAUCCCUCACGGAUGAGGGUGGAAUAGUAGGAGCAACUCCCAGGGGAUCUCUUUCGGUCGGCGUCAUUUCUUUUAUUCGCACUCCUUUAUCGUGCAAUGCCGACUUCACAUUCACCCCGGCGGAGCCCCCGAAUUGGACAGACGGGAGCUACCGCAACUGCAACUACGACCACCGCGACCACAUCAUCCGGCACUCCGAAGAAUGCGCCGGCCUUAUCGGGCGAUCAGGCCAGGAUACGGACACCACAACCGAUAAGUUUGCGGCGCUGAUGGAGAGGAUCGCUACCUUGGAAAGGGAGCUUCAAAAGGCGAGGUCAGGUGAAGGGCAAGAUGCAGCCGCGAGGGAUCCCGUUAGAAACGGAUCAAGCGGUAUAGGAGCGAGCGGUGCGGCGAAUGCGCCGCCAUGUUUGAGCGGAACGCCAGGGCAGAACUUGAGUGGAAAUCUGCCGCCAUUGUUGAGUGGAAAUCUGGCACCGAAUUUGGCUGAGUCAGUAACGCCAUUUUUACAUGAACAGUUGCCGCCAUUAUUGAGUGGAAACCUGCCGCCACAAUCGAGUGGAAAUCUGGCAAUAGGGCAACAAGUCACACUCAGUACAAACAGUACAACGUUGAGCUAUUCCACACCAUGCUGCGUGACGGCUACUGUGCAGCCAGCACUAAGCUACAUGCAAGCACCGCGGGAACCUCUUCGCAACCUGAUGGUACCCCCGCAAUCAACUGGUUCAUACGGAAUAGCUUCGCCGAGCCCGUUAAUUGGAUGGACGCCGCGCAGACUGCCUGAUCUUCCAGAGUUCGAAGGUCAGCCUGAGGAAUGGCCAAUAUUCCAAUGCGCGUUCACGGAGACGACGGCGGCGUAUAAUUGUACUGCGUUGGAGAACAACCAGAGGCUAGUGAAAGCCCUGAAGGGUGAAGCGCGAGCAUCUGUCAAGUCGCUGCUUAUACACCCGAAUAACGUUCAGGCUGUAAUGGAUCAGCUACGUUUCCGAUAUGGACGCCCGGAGCAACUGAUACGUAGCCAACUGGAAAGCGUGCGAGAGGUGCAGCCGAUCCAAGAACACAAUAUAAUAAAGAUCGUGCCGUUUGCAACACUGGUCAGCAAUCUCGCAGCGUUUCUACAGUCAAGACCGAACGGGGAGCAGCACCUAGGAAAUCCUACCUUGAUGGAAGAGCUGAUCGCCAAGCUACCACUGAGCAAAAGGUUGGAUUGGGCCAGGCACGCCGCCGUAAUAGGGUGCUACCCAACUGUCGCGCACUUAAGCGAAUGGCUAAACGAACUCGCUAAAUUAGUGUGCACUAUUACGAGCGGCGACAGCAAGGAUCCUAAGCGUAGGGUAUUGCACGCCAGCACCAGUCAGAAGGAUCAGGAUCUAUUUGAAGAUCACCCCAGGAGUUGCCCAAUUUGCGAGGAGCAACACACGAUCAAGGACUGUAAGGAUUUCAACCACGCUACUCCGACUGCCCGUAUGGAGUAUGUAAGAAAGCAUCGGAUUUGUUUCUCGUGCCUGGAGAGCGGUCACAUGUCCAGGUUCUGCAAGAGAAACGGGAAGUGCAACGUCUACGGAUGCCAGAUGAGGCAUCACUACCUCCUGCAUGACUGGGUGGGCAACCCCACACGGCCAUCGCAACUCCACGGUCGACCAUGGCCAAAUGAAAGGAGCGAUCGCGGUCGCAUGGUACAUGCGGGCGCUGACAGGAGGAAGGUGGACACGCAAGUACAUCAGCCAGAUGAUCUGGCCCAGAGAAGUCCGCUUACGGCAUCUGCACAGACGCAGGAUGCAUGGCGCAAGCGGGACGAAGGCCGUCAGCCAAGUGACGGGAGUGGAUUGCCACAUCGGAACCUAAGUUGCGUCGAUCCGGAUGGAGGACACUUACUAUUCCGUAUUUUGCCCGUGACGCUGUUCGGGGAGGAUACGCAGCUGGAUACCUACGCGCUGUUCGACGAAGGUUCGUCCGUGACCCUGAUCGACGAGGAGCUCACUCGAAGCCUAAACCUAAAAGGCGAGAGUCGGCAGCUCAACAUUCAAUGGUUCGGUGGCAAGUCAGCGAAAGAGAACACAAAAAUGGUCAGCCUCCAGAUUAGUGGAGUGGGCAGACCGAAACGCCAUGCUUUGAAAAAUGUGUAUGCGGUCUCUAACCUCAAUCUUCCGAUGCAAAGUCUGCGUCGGGAAGAUGUCAAAGCGGCGAAGGCUUCUGCACGCCUGCCUAUGAAACCGUAUCGUAAUGCGGUCCCGAGGAUUUUAAUUGGACUAGACCAUGCGCACCUAGGAAUACCUAUGCAAAAUAGGAGCUUCGGAGCAGGAGGACCCUAUGCAGCCGCCACCAAACUAGGAUGGGUGGUUUUUGGACCUGUAAGAAGUCAGAUGAGUUCACCAAUGCAAAGAUCGUGCCUCCUAGCCGUCCCACAGUAUGAUCAUCUCGAGAAGAUGGUCAGCGACUAUUUCGAAAUUGAGAAUUUCGGAGUGAAGCCGGCGCCACCAGUCGCAGCUAGUGGCGACGCACGGGCUUUGGGAAUCCUGAACGAGACGACUAGGCGAGUGGGCGAACGAUACCAAACUGGAUUGCUGUGGAAAGAUGAUAAAGUGAGCCUGCCAGACAGCUAUAAAAUGGCACUCAAAAGACUUGUCGGCAUUGAAAGGAAGAUGAGACGGGAUGACAGCUUUGCACGGGCCUACAAGUCGAUCAUGGAGGACUACGUCAACAAGGGUUACGCACGACGCCUGGAGCAGCAGGAAGUGGCAGGCGAUAACCGGGACAAGAUCUGGUACCUGCCGCACUUCGGGGUCGAGAACCCAAACAAGCCCGGAAAAAUCCGUCUAGUCUUCGAUGCCGCAGCCAAAGUGGGCAAUACAUCUUUGAACUCGGUUCUACUCAAAGGCCCACAACAGUUCAAGUCUCUGCCAGCCGUGCUCUUCCAUUUUCGGGAAGGAGCAGUCGGGGUCUGCGCAGACAUAAAGGAGAUGUUUCAUCAGGUGCUGAUACAGCCCCAGGAUAGAUGCGCCCAGAGAUUCCUGUGGAGGAAUGGAGAUGACCGUCGAGAUCCAGAUCUGUACGAAAUGGUAGUGAUGACGUUCGGAGCCGCUUGUUCGCCGUGCUCAGCGCAUCAUGUGAAGACCAUAAACGCUUCAAGAUACGCACAAGCAGAUCCUCGCGCGGUUCAGGCCAUCAAUGAGUAUCACUAUGUAGAUGACUACGUGGAUAGUUUCUCGGACGAGAAAGAAGCUAUCGCUGUAUCAGAACGAGUAAGGAAAAUUCAUGCUGAGGCCGGAUUCGAUUUGUGCCGCUUCUCAUCAAGUUCGGAAAGUGUGGUCAAGGCUUUGAACCCACUAGGAUCCAAUAAGAACGUUGAAUGGAAUGAAGCGGAGGAGAAAAUAUUAGGCAUGUACUGGCACCCAGCGACGGAUGACUUUAAAUUCAGCGUAAAGUACCACAGGGUUCCCAGCAGCGUGAUGACCGGAGAACGUGCACCCACCAAGAGAGAAUUCCUAAGUCUGGUUAUGUCAACAUUUGACCCGAUAGGAUUCUUGAGCUGCUUCAUGGUAACCGCCAAAUUAUUGAUGCGUGAGAUUUGGCGGAGAGGAGUUCAGUGGGACGAGCCGUUGCCGGAUGAGUUAGCCAAAGCGUUUGAAAGCUGGAGGCUGGAAAUGGAUUACGUGAGAGAUUUCCGCUGUCCACGCUACUACUUUGGCACGGGAUGCGUACGUGAACUGCAGCUACAUGUGUUUGUGGACUCCAGCCAAUCGGCGUUCGCAGCAGUUGCAUUCUGGAGGGCGACUUAUGACAACAAUGAUGUGCGGUCCUAUUUCGUGUGUUCCAAAACGAAAUGCGCCCCGAUGAAGACGAUGACGAUCCCGCGCCUGGAGCUCCAAGCAGCUGUAUUAGGAACCAGGCUGAUGGACACCGUAAGACGAGAGCACGACGUAUCGAUCAGCAGAUGCGUGCUAUGGACUGACUCUAAGACCGUGCUACACUGGAUAAGCAGCACCCACCGGCGGUAUAAGCAGUUCGUUGGAAACCGGGUGGCGGAGAUCUUAGAGUCAACGGAGGUGUCUCAAUGGAGGUGGAUACCGUCUGCCGAAAACGUGGCAGAUGACGCGACGAGGCCACAGCGCCAUGUGGACCUUAGCCAAGGGGCAAGGUGGAUGAGCGGGCCAUCAUUUCUGCGGGAGUCGGAAGAACAGUGGCCCAAGCCAUCUCCAAGUGAUCGCGACAGUCCACACUCCGCAGAAGAAGAGAUGCCGUGUGAGUUUACACUGGUAAUUGCCAACGAGUUUAUAUCUUUGCAGAGAUUUUCGAAUUAUAAUCGAUUGGUCAGGACCACAGCGUGGAUCCUCAGGUUCAUACGACGGUGCCGUGGAUUGAGUGACGAGAGUGAGGCCUACGGUAUUACAGCUACUGAGUGCGCGGAGGCAGAACGGAAACUGAUCCAGCGCGCCCAGGCUGAUACGUUUGCAGAUGAAGUUCAAGGAAAGGCAGUGGCGAAAGGCAGUCAGUUACGAGGACUAUCCCCUUACGUCGACCACGAUGGAAUCAUACGAGCGUGUGGACGGAUUGAUGCCGCCGAAUGCGUCCCAUUCAACGCCCGGCGCCCGAUCAUACUGUCGCACAAACACGCACUGGCGGAGAUGAUAGUUCGUCACUACCACAGGAAGAUGAAGCACCAGAAUCUAGACGCGACCAUAAGCGAGAUCCGGACCAGGUUCUGGAUAACCAAUUUAAGGAGAGUUUUACGGAGUGUUAUGGCGACCUGUAACGUAUGCAAACUCCGGAGAGUACGACCAAUUCCGCCAUUAAUGGGUCCGUUGCCAGAGGACCGGCUGGAGCCGAAUGGAUGGCCAUUCAAGUAUACUGGCUUGGACUACUUUGGUCCGCUGUUUGUGACGAUUGGACGUCGCACUGAGAAGAGGUGGGUCGCACUCUUUACUUGUCUAACCACCAGGGCUGUCCACCUGGAGAUAGCCCACGAUUUGUCAACAGAUUCCUGCAUCAUCGCUAUGAGGAAUUUUAUGUGCCGCCGUGGACCGGUGGUCAGAUUGAGGAGCGACAAUGGAAAGAACUUUAUUGGAGCAGAUCGUGAGGCCAGAAAGUUCGAUGAAGUCUUCGAACCAGAAAAGAUCCAGGAUGAGCUGUCAUCCAAAGGAAUCGAAUGGAUCUUUAACUGUCCCGCGAACCCAGCUGCCGGCGGCAUCUGGGAAAGGAUGGUCCAAUGUGUGAAGAAGGUGCUCGCGCAUACUGUGAAGGAGGUGGCUCCUAAAGAACACGUCUUGGAGAGCUUUCUUAUUGGGGCGGAGAAUAUUGUUAAUUCUCGUCCGCUUACCCACCUUCCAGUCACUGUGGAUCACGAGGCACCGCUAACGCCCAACGAUCUGCUAAGAGGAGUGGCUAAUGUUCCGGACCUUCCUGGGGAUCGCGGAGAGCAGCCUGUCAAGUGCGCUUCUAGGAAGCAGUGGCGUAUCGCACGGAUGAUGAGAGACAGAUUUUGGAAACGUUGGGUACAUGAGUAUCUACCAACGCUUGUUCGCAGGGAGAAAUGGUGCGAGCAUGUCGAGCCUAUGCGCCCAGGGAAUCUCGUGUACAUCUGUGAUCCGGCCAUCCCUCGUCGAGAAUGGAGGAAAGGCGUCGUGGAGGAAGUGUACCCAGGAGCGGAUGGAGUACCACGACGAGAGGCGGUGCGCACUACCAAUGGCGAUCGAGCUAAGUUAAUCAUGCGUCCCAUCUCCAGAUUGGCUAUUCUGGAUGUGGUGAAUGCAGUUGCUUCACCGGGGUGGGGAUGUCGUGGAACGGAUUAA